AUGAACCUUAAUGUGCUCGUCCCCGAAAACACGUUGGAAUCCACGGCCUUAGCCGCGAUCGAGUUGGCGGACCAUGUCGAGCUUGACCUCACCCUUUCGGCGGAUGGGGUGCUCAUGGUUUAUCACGAUUUGACCCUGCGCGCCUCCUCAAAUAUCGCGUCCCUCCCGCAAUUUGCCGACAGGGUGCGAAAUUUCACGGGGGUCAUUGACGAAAACGGGAACGAACAGACGAUCCGGAACAAUUGGAUGUUUAACGAUCUUACAAAAGAGGAAUUGCAGAGUUUAGGCGUGGUCCAGAGAGGAGUGGGAAUUAGGCCACGGCUUUUUGACGGGAACUUGAAAAUUCCUACGUUCGCGGAAUUCUUGUCGCAGGUGCAUCACAUGGCGUAUGGGUUGAAUAGGUCGAUGGGACUCGUCGUCGAGCUAAAAAAUCCCUACUACUACAACACUUAUCAAAACAUCUCGGUAAAUCCACGCUUCAUGGAAAAUCUCGUGCUGGCCACGUUAGCCCAGUUCGGGUACCCUUUGACCUCUGAGGAUACUCCGAGAUGCGUCAGUGAUCAGGAUGGGAACGCUCCGGUACCGUGUGGUCACUUGGUCAUUCAGAGCUUUGAACUUCCCUCCAUGCAACAUCUCCACCAGGUGGCGCCCUUUAUUGAAAAAUCGAUGCUUAUCAACGCAGGCCUCCUGCCACUCUUGACGUUCCAAGGGAUCCAAGACUUAUCAGGAUGGAUAAGCUACUUCAGUCCGUGGAAGGAGUUGGUUUACACGGGAAUUUUGGCACAAAUUGAGGCCGAAGGGAUUCAGUAUAAUGAAACGAUGAUCGAUGAAAUGGGGGGAUUCGUACCUCCGCAGUAAGUGCGAUUUUUGCGUAGAAGUGGACACGCAAAAUUGGAAGAUAUAGAAAAACGAGUUUUUGGUUUUUGCGAUUUUUCUAAAAAUGGCAGAAAGCGGGUUUCGAUUUUUCUGAUUGUGACAAACUUUAUAAGAUCGGUUUUUGAUUUUUUUUUGGGAAAAAUUUUGUGGAACUUGUUUGAUUUUCCGAUUUUGGCAAAAUUAUUCAGUUUUCAAUUAUUCUGACUGCUACAGAAUUUUAUAAAGACAGUUUUCCGAUUUUGACAAAAUUUUGUAAAACCCGGUUGUUAAUUUUUCUAGUUUUGUGAAAUUUUGUAAAAUCUGUAUUCGAUGUUUAGAUUUUUACGAAAUCUUAUAAAAUAGGUUUUUAAUGUUUUCCCUAAGACCGAUAUUACCCCGAGUUUUAAAAACUUUACAAAUAUAUUCACGUCGAGCUCUCGAACUCUUCUACUACUUCGACAUGGGCGUGGACGGCAUUUUUGCGGAAAAUAUGCUCGAGACGAGAGAAAUUAGGAUGAAGUAUCAAUACGAAAAAAUUGGCGUUCCUCCCCCGAAAUAAAGGAAAUCAAAUCAAUCAAUCAAAUUGUGAUGAUACAUAAAUUGGUCCAAUUGAAACUGUGUUUUCUUUAAAAUUUGUUACAAAUUGAUGUUCCAAUUUGGAUCAAAAUUCCUUAAAAAAAUGAAUAAAAACUUAUUUU